UUGGUCGAGGCUUGACCACCGGACCACGGCUAGGCAGGUUAGCUCUCUGCCUCUGAGAUGCUGUCUGGCCAUGUCUGUCCAGCACCCAUAAUCAUGAUUAUAAAGAUGCAGUAUUUGUCAAAUCACAAAUAAUGGGUUGCGGAACCACUGUUGGACUCCUGUGUUUACAGAACAGAUAUCCCAACAGUUCAGCCCAGGAUAGCAGCCUUGAUCAGCUGUAAUCUGUGUCUUGACACGCUUGCGUUUUGUCAACAUACUGGAGUCUCCGCUCAGUUCAUCUCUCCCUCAAACAAGACGUGUCAGCUGCAAAGAAGUCAAAUGCACCCACUGGAAGACAUACAUCGCUCGCUACCCGCUUCAUAACGCUGGAGGGUGGGAUUGUCUACGACUGAGUUAUAACCAGCAACAAUGGAGGUCGAUGACAUAGAGAUGAGGACACCCGAGAAGAAAUCGUCUUUUGUCCAAUUUAAGAAAAAUUUCGAAGACCCCGUCUACAAGAACAAGUUCAUAUGUACAAUGUUCCUGUUCUGGGCGUUUAUUGUCCUGGGUUUUUCUGCUGGCCAGGGCGGCCCGUCCUUCCUUGACCUCAUGCUCAUCACCAACACAAAGGUGGAGCAGGCCUCGGCCCUGUUCACAUCAGGAGCUAUUGGCUUCAUGAUCGGUGCGUUCGUCAGUGGGUUUCUGUACGAAAAGUGUAACAAGCUGCUGUUGUUAGCGGCCUGCCUCGUCGGUAGCAGCAUGACCUCCGCUGUCAUCCCGCUCUGUACUCCGCUGCCAGUGAUGAUCGCCAUGUACUUCCUCAAAUUCUUCAUGACUGCUGGUGUGGACACAGGUGGCAAUGCCGACUUACUCCGACUCUGGGGCAAGGAUAGUCGUGUUUUCAUGCAGAUUCUUCACUUCUGUUUCGCCCUGGGAGGCGUCAUAGCCCCUCUGGUAACAGAACCCUUCCUAGCCCCAAAGUCCGCCCAACCCAUGAUCACAACGGACUCGGCCAACGAGUCCCAUCUUCUUGAGUAUGGAUACAAUUCAACCAUUGCGUACGUCCAGGACCUAUUGGGAUUAAAUGGCAUCAGUAACAACAUGACGACUGCUUCUACUGAAGACACUCCGAAAUCUCAAAUCCUUUUUGCUUUCAUAAUCACAGCUGUCCUGUUCCUCUCUGCGGCCGUUCCCUUCUUCGUGGAGUUCUUUCUCCGUAAGGUUGACAAAAAACGGAAGCCGGAAGACGAACAAGAAGAUGACCGACAGCGCAUACCACUUCCGGUCUAUGUGAUAACUGUGGCUUUGAUCGGGGCAUUCUUUUUCUGUUAUUGCGCUCUAGAAGAGACGUUUAUGUCUUUCCUGGUGGUAUUUACCGUGGAAGGGAUGGGCUGGACCAAGCCUGAUGGAGCUUUGGUAACGUCUGUGUUUUGGGGGAGCUUUGCUGCCUUUCGGUUUCUGGGGAUCUUUUUCAUUAAGAUGUUGGCUCCAUCCUCAAUGAUAAUUCUGUGUCUUGUAAUUUUGUCAGCGAGUUUGGGCGCAUUCCUUAUCUGUUCCCUCUUUGCGGUAAAUAUUGGAAUUUGGAUUUCGUCUGUGGGGAUUGGUCUGGCAAUAUCUAUCGUAUUUCCAACGACAUUCACGUGGGUCGAGGAGCACGUAAUCAAGGUCACGGGAAAGGUUACGUCUGUUAUUAUGAUAUGCGCAGCAUCCGCGGGAAUGGCGACACCGUUGUUGCUAGGAUACCUGAUGGAGGAAGUGACGUAUAUGUGGUUCUCGUAUUUGCUCUUUUUACAGUCAGUUAUUCUGUUAAUUAUACAUAUCGUGCAGCGGUUGCAUGCGGUUUUUGUGUUAAAGAAAUAUCACAGUGCAGCUGAGGUUGAAUCAACCAAUGAACUGGCUAUACCACAGGAAAAGGGGGAAAUGUUUGAUCCAAACGCUUGACGUGCAAAAGCAAUGUGCCAACGCACAUUUGAUAUCUGAUAUGUGAUAAAGUUGAUAUGUAAUAGCAUGAUGAA